CGGCCGGAAGCUGAGGGACCGCACCGAGCUACUGCGGGGCCGGGCCUUUGGGGAGGUGGCAGGAUUUGAUUAACGAAGCCGAAUGGCCGCGGAAACAUUAAGAUGUCAUUUGUGAGGUUGAGUCGCUUUGGUCCCCGUGGAAAUGGAAGAAAAGUGCUGAAAGCUAAAAAGAAGAAAACUCCAGUGAAUCAAGAAUGGGAUAGUACCGUGAAUGAUCUAACAGUACAUCGUGCAACUCCUGAAGACCUGGUACGUCGUCAUGAACUGCACAAAUCAAAGAAUAGAGCACUUGCCCAUUGGGAACUUCAAGAGAAGGCUUUGAAGAGAAAAUGGAAAAAGCAGAAACAGGAUACACCUGAUCUUCUUGGAAAAAGGAGACUGGCUAUCAUGAAGGAGAUUCUCUCUGAUCACUAUCAGAUGCAAGAUGCAUUGGAAAGAUCUGAUGAGAUGAUGGCUAUAGCAAAAGAUCUGUUUGGUGAUGCUCCUCGUAGACGCACAGGCUAUCCUAAUGUAACAAUAGCUCCUGACUCUGAGAUUGGUUCCUCCUCUGGCCCUAUUGUGUCAAAAAGAGACCCUCUUACUCAGUCAAUUCUUAACGAAUCUGCUAUUGACCCUCAGGCUCUUAAUGAAGUAGAGGAAGGAGAAGGUGAAGAAACUGUCAACAGCCAGUCAGAAGAAAGUGAAAAUGAACUGGAUGACUCUAUGAACUUUCAGUCUAAUAUGAGAACAGACAGGCUUCUUCAGCGCCUAAAUGAAGAGAAUUCUGAAUUCAUAUCUAAGUUAUGUACAAGUUUGCGGCAGAAAAUAGCUACAGCACAAACAACUCCGCCAACAACUCCAACAGUUGCUACUCCAUCACUGGAACAUAGAGCUUUGAAUGCUACUCAGGCAGUCAAGAGGAUCCAGUCAAGGCUACCACCUGAGGAACCUGCACAGAAUGUAGACUCAAAUUAUGUUGUGGGACAAGUGCUGAAUCCUAACUCAAGAAAACAAAAACAGCAGUUAGGCAAAGAUGCUGCUUUCUCACUCUCAGUGAAGAAGAAACCAGGUUUACCUGUUUCUUCCAAGGUGAAGAAGAAUGUUUCUUUCAACAAUGAAACCACCUCAGAUUUACCAAGUGCUGAUGUCUCCAGCCUGGAUACCCUGAAACACAUGAUACAUGAAGUGGAACAUGAAAUGGAAGAAUAUGAACGAUGGACAGGGCGAGAAGUCAAGGGAUGGAAAAACAAUCAAGGUCUAACUGGUUUUACUUUGUCCCUAGUGAGCUCCCUCUGUCGGCUGGUGCGCUACCUUAAGGAGAGUGAGAUGCAACUGCGUAAGGAGGUAGAUACAAGGCAACGCCUCGAAGUGGUAUUAGGUGAUCAUCGAGAAUUGAUUGAUGCCCUGACUGCUGAAAUUCUCCUUCUCAAAGAUGAAAAUACUGCUUUACAAGCAAAGUUCCAGCAGUACAUGGUAACAACUGAUGAGCAACUAAUUUCACUCACACAUGCCAUUAAAAGUGUCCCUGUAAUAGGAUCUAUCAGAGAAGAAAGUGUAGCCUCAGAAAGGGGAGUUGCAGUCAGAAGCAUUGCCAGUAGUCAAGAGGCUCCAGUUGUAAAUGAUAAUGUCUCUGUUCCAUUGAUAUUCAGAAGAGAUGAAUUCCCCCAGGAAGAAUUACCUGUUAAACUGACUCAGUUGCCAAAUCCCACAGAUGGUUUGAACCUUGCCAAUAGUUUACCAGCCCAUAUGUUUGAGCCAGCUGUUAUGCUAACACCUCCUAGGCAAAAGAACAACCCAGAGUUCCCUCCAUUGCAGGAAGUAUUGAGGAGGACAGUUCAGACUCGUCCUGCCCCACGUAUUCUUCCAAGUGUAGAAAUAACUGAGAAGGAACAAAAUUGGGAAAAGAAGAACUUGCCUAGUGCUGUAGAAAUUCCAAACUCAAAUGAGGAAAACCGUCUCUUCACCCAGAGAUGGAGAGUUUCUCAUAUGGAUGAAGAUUUAGCGAACAAAACCCAGCCUUUAUUUGCUAGUGUGCCGCAGGCCCAGUGCCCUCCUUCCCAUUUUCAGCCCUCAGGAAACUGUACUUUUCCAGAAGAACCUCCAGUACUUGGAGAUGGACAGCAGCUAAGAACAAACGAGCCUUUCCUGCAGAACAAAGAUCUGAUGGCACGAAUUGCUGAGUUAACGCUGCAGAAUUCUGCUAUUAAAGCACAUCUGAACAAUUUUAUAGGACCCUCAGGGGAACAAGGGGAUGCACCUCAGGACCUGGCCAAACUGGAAAAUAUAAAUGACAUGACAACAACUUUUCCAGCUAUGCAGCCACAAACACCAAACAGCAUGGAGGAACGAAUAGCAGAACUGAACCGCCAGAGUGUGGAGGCUCGAGGGAAAUUGCUGCAGUUAAUAGAACAGCAAAAACUUGUCUGUUUGAAUCCUUCCCCUCCAUUAGGUUCCCCUGGUCAUUCACCUUUGAGAGCAUGGACUGAAGGUGGAAAGAGGACUAUUGAGGUGUCUGUUCCAGGGGCAGAAACUACAGAGAACUCAAAAGGCAGUGCUAUUUCUCCUGCCAAUGGGAUGAAUGCCAGAAGAUCUUCAGGUGCCACCAGUUAUUCCUGCUCUCCAUUAAAUACGACUUCAGGGAGUGGACGAUUUACACCUGUCAGUCAGAGGGCAAAGGUUGAAAAGCAAAGAGAAGAAGGCUGGUUUGCUCUCUCUACACAUGUGACAUAAGUGAAGUCAUGUUUUACAGAUCUUGUUUUAUUUUUAAAUAUUUUCUUCAUGAACUUCCAUUUCCCAGCCCCCCCCUGCUUUUUCAUGUUAUUAUUCCUUUAAUUAGCACACAAAAACCAAUGCAUCAGUUCUUCUGGUGGACAGAAGUAAAACAUUUGUCAUAUUUCUGCAUUUAUUUUGAAUGUUGACCUUUUGGAAGAAUACCUAUUUAAGAAACAGCCCUUCUGAACAGAAAUUUGACAAGUGGGGAAUUAAAGUAUUACAUUCCAGUCAGUGUGAGGACAUAACAAGCCUUUUAAAUUUCUCAUGAUUAGAUUUUUUAUAAAAAAAACUCUAUGACAUUUGUACCUACAACAAAUUGAAUUCCUGUUUUUGGUUACAUAAUAAAUGUCAUCUUUGACAUCUUUUAAAUUUUUUUUCUAAAAAACAGAGUUGCUGUGGGUCAAUCUUUGUAAUAAAAGUUUUCUCUCUGGUUUGAGUAUAAUUACUGACUUAUGGAAAAACUUUUAACAUCAUCUUGGUCUCAGACUUACUGCUUUGAAAGUCACUGCUUUCUCCCACCUUUUUUUGAGCACAUUGUUUAUAGAGUUAUUUUUUUUUAAAUGGAUGUGUGAGUAUGUUUGUGUUUUCAGUAGAUGAGAAUAGUUGUAUAUAUUAUAGAAUAUGCUUAUGUGUUUUUUAAAUGUAAACUUUUAUCUAUAAUGGUGUGCAGUGAAUUUUAAAUAAAAAAUCAUAGUAAUUUGAAUCUUAAAUUUUUAUAUUAAUUAUUCCAGCAGUACCUGUGUCAAUAAGCUAGCAAGUGUCUAAGAGCAAUAAUAAUGAGUUAAUUCUAGAACUAGUACUUGAAAAGAGAUUAUGGUUCAAAAAUGAUUCCUUCUCUGUGUUAUCUUGAAAGAGGCCAUUAUGGGACACUAAGCAAACUCAGUAUAGGUAAGUACUUUUGUUGAUUCCCAGAUAAGUUGGGCAUUGAGUUCUCUUGAAAACUUGAUUUUUAAAAUCUUGCUUUUUUCUUAGGAAUUGACUAAUUCAGCCUACAUUUGCUUGAAGCUUUUAUUUAUUUCUCAUGCUCAGUGGUAGAAAUGGAAAUUAUUUCCUCAAGAAAUACUGAAUAUAUUUCCAUGAAACCAUAUGUAUAAUUUGCUUGUCCUCCUCCAUUCUUAUUCAGUCUUUUGUUUUAACUGGCACUGCACUGUGUAUAAUUGGUACCUUAAUAAAUGUUAUCCCAAUCUGAGUCAUAAA